CUGCUGCCUCUCCUGAUGAUGAUGAGCAACAAGAAGACACUCAAGAACAACCUGCCAAGAAAGUGAAGGGACGAUCCAAGAAGAGGUCAUCGUCUGCUACCGGGGAGACACCCCCUCCUCCAGCCCUCUUGCGUCACCAAUCCACUUGGACACAGAGCCCCAACCUGGUCGUGAUGAUGCUGGGGGGCGCGGCAGGUCCCUGGUACCCCCGCCUGGUUCAUGGCCGCCUCGCACAAGACCAAGGUUGUCGCAAAGAACAUAUCCAGAAUUGCACUCAUUUCCGAGGAGGCGACGAAAUACACGGCACAACAGGUCAGAAGGUCAAGGAACGCCCCAUUGCCAGCACCUUCUACGCACCCUUCGACCUUUACAAGCGAGGCAAGUUCGACGAGAUCCUUGAGGGGAUGGUCAGCUCCCACGCCCAGAACGAGGACAUGGCCAUUUCCGAAGCCAUGACCAGCAAGAUGUUCGAGGACGCUAAGACUGGUGUUGGCCUGGACCUGGCGGCACAGAUCCUGCAGCAGGGGCGUGACCACGGCAUCGCUGGAUACAACCGCUGGAGGCACCUCUGCGGCCUCCCGAAAGCUGCCUCCUUCCAAGGCCUGAGUGACGUCGUUGCCCCGGAAAACAUCAAGAAACUACAAGGGAUUUAUAAGCAUGUGGAUGAUGUGGAUCUCUUCACCGGUGGACUCGCGGAAAAGCCAAACUGUGGAGCGCUGGUCGGGCCCACGUUUGGCUGUUUGAUUGGUCGCCAGUUCCACUGCCUGAGGCGAGGCGAUCGUUACUGGUAUGAGGACGACAUCCCGCCCUCCUCAUUCACUAAGGAACAACUUUACGAGCUCUGCAAGACCAGCCUGGGACGUGUGAUCUGCGACAGCAGCGACAAGCUCCAGCACGUCCAGCCCAAGGUCAUGCUGGAGGCUGAUUCCUUCCUGAAUGCCCCAAUGGCCUCAGGGAAGCAUAUCAAGGGUGUGGACCUGAAGAAGUGGAAGACCGCCAGCCCCAACUUCAUCAUUCCCGACAAGAUGCUUCAGGAGAGCAUUGAGAGGGCGAGUGGCGACAUCACCAACAUGAGGGACUCCGAGUGGAACCUCUGGGAAGCACUCUCUGUGCAGGACUCCAUUCUUGACUGCCGGCGCUGUGACUCACCCCAGACGGUUCACCCCGAGUGCUUCCCUAUCGGCAUUCCCUCCAAUGACCCGUUCUUUCCACCAGUCAAUAUCUCCUCUGGGCAGCCUUUCUGCAUCCCUCUGACGCGCUCCAUGCCGGGACAGCUGACUCUAGGUUACCGAGAGCAGAUGAACCAGGUCACUGCAUUUGUGGAUGCCUCACACACCCAUGGCUCAGACAAGUGUGAACAGAGACAGCUGAGAAUGCUAACGGAUGGCAAGCUGCGUGGCACUCCUAACCCCUUGAGAGGCAAGCUGCUGCUGCCCACUGAGCAGGAGAAUCAUGAGUGCCAGGCACCAUCAGGAAGGUGUUUCAUAGGAGGUGACACUCCCUCUGAGCAGCCAGGUCUCACCGCGCUUCACACCCUCAUGAUGCGUGAGCACAACCGCGUCGCUGGGGAGCUCAAGCGCCUCAACAAGCACUGGAGCGACGAGCAGCUCUUCCAGAACGCUCGGCGGAUCGUGACGGCCAUCAACCAACAUGUGACGUACAAUGAGUGGCUGCCGAGAGUCCUGGGAUGGAACGCAGUCAACCUGUAUGCCCCUAACCUGCUGCCAGAGGAAUACUGUGAAGGUUACGACACAUAUUGAGGACCUUUGGAAGAGGCUGCUGACGUUAGGGGCGGCGGAAGGGUCUGCCUCAUAGAUCUCAGAAAGGAAAGUUUGGGACGUACCUUGAAUCAGUCGGCUCCUUGACGACAGUACACACUCCAAGGCUGGGGUUCCUUCCUCUUUGUCUUCCUCAAAUUUCAGACUUUCCUCUCAUAUGUUCAUUUUUCCUCCUCUGUCAUGUGUGUUUCUCUCUC